GAGCUGCGACGGUCUGGUUUGACACACGAGAAGCAGCAAACGAGCAGUUACUGGAAGGAGUUGGGCACAUAAUUGCACCGGAUGUCAUUACACGCCUGCAACAUUCUAGACCUGUAAACAAGAGCAAUGGCAGCAAUGGAAGUUGUGACACAUUUUGUAAACGACAGUCUAGAAUUUUACAAAUGGAGCCUUUCUAUAGCAGACAAGAGGGUAGAGAACUGGCCCAUGAUGGGAUCCCCCUUUCCCACUUUGGCUAUCAGCUGCCUGUACUUGCUCUUUCUGUGGGCCGGUCCCAGAUUCAUGCAGGAUCGUCAGCCGUACACGCUCAGAAAGACCCUCAUAGUCUACAACUUCAGUAUGGUGGUCCUGAACUUUUAUAUCGCCAAAGAGCUCCUAAUAGGUUCAAGAGCAGCCAAAUACAGCUACCUCUGUCAGCCUGUCAAUUACUCCAAUGAUGUCAAUGAAGUCAGGAUAGCAUCAGCUCUUUGGUGGUACUACAUCUCUAAAGGAGUGGAGUUUUUGGACACUGUAUUUUUCAUUUUGAGGAAAAAGUUCAACCAAGUCAGUUUUUUACACGUCUACCAUCACUGCACCAUGUUCAUCUUGUGGUGGAUUGGCAUCAAAUGGGUCCCCGGAGGACAGGCUUUCUUUGGUGCAACCAUCAACUCUUCCAUCCAUGUCCUAAUGUAUGGAUACUAUGGCCUGGCAGCCUUGGGACCUCACAUGCAGAAGUACCUUUGGUGGAAAAAAUAUUUGACCAUUAUUCAGAUGAUCCAGUUUCACGUGACUAUUGGCCAUGCAGGACACUCACUAUACACGGGCUGUCCAUUCCCAAACUGGAUGCAGUGGGCAUUGAUUGGCUAUGCUGUAACCUUCAUCAUCCUGUUUGCUAAUUUCUACUACCAUGCUUACCGAGGCAAACCUUCACAUAAGGGAGGCAAGUCUGUGGCCAAUGGCACCUCUGCGGUAACCAACGGUCACAGCAAAGUGGACGAGGUAGAAGUGAAUGGGAAAAAGCAAAAGAAAGCAAGAACCAAACGGGAGUAAAUAUUAUGCUUCAUGCUCCAUUUUAACAUGAAGGUAACAGAGGAGGGUGGGAAGAAGAGGAUAAUCAAACCUUAUAUCAUGUCUGUACACUUGUACGAUGUGGUCUGUGACCAACUUAAAGGGUGAGUGGUAGCAGCGCAUUUAUAAUGGUGUGAAUGGGAUUUGGAGGAGAGAUGUUGCAUUUGAUAACUUGAUUUUUUAUUAAAUGAAGGUAAAUGCUGAACUUGUAGGCGUGAUGCUGCUGUGUCCAACUCUGCUUUGGACCAAUAUAGGACCAAAAGUUUCACUUGACACAUCUACCAGGCAUUCAAUGUUCAUCUACAUUUCAUAAACAGAUCAACUUGUCUGAAACCUUAUUUAAAGUAUGUAAUUUAUUUUGCAGUACACUGGAAGAGUUUUAUGGCAUACUAUUUACCUUUCUGCAAAUGCUGUACCAAAGAGAUAUUUUUGUAACACUAACCUUACAUUCAGUACGGUGAGGUGAACAAAAAAAUCUCCAAUCCUCACUGCCAUCAACUUUCUAAGAUUCUGAACAUACCGCAUGUAAUUCAGUUUACAUAUCAUCAAUGUUACGGACUACUGUAUUUGAAUUUACUGUGCUGCAUUUACAUCUGCUUUUUGUUUGUGUUUAUUUGUUAAGAUUUUUUGCCGAAAAGAGAACUGUAGUCUCUUUUAGUACUUCUGUUAAAUUUGGGGUUUGAUUGUAACAUCACAAAAUGUUUUCUAUCAUUCUGCUGUGCAUUGUAUCUGAACACUAUAAAGUUACUCAAGUGUCUAAAUGCCAAGAUCGCAAAAGGGAUCUCUCCCUCAUCAAGAUCUUGUAUAAAGGAAUCAGUUUUGUGUAUCAGAAAAUGGAAGCACAGCUUCUCUAUGCACAAGUGACACAAUAAAGGCAAUGGCAG